AUUUUUGACACUCACGCUAUUUGAUAAGAGAGAAGAAGAAACUUCUUCCUGAAUCGAAGUGAAAAAGAAAAGGUACAGACAGGUUACUGUUCUGAGAUACCACCUCUGGGUAACCAAAAGUUGAUCUCGUCUGUUGUCAAUGGCUGGCCCUCUUGAUGACAUGAUGGGCGACUUUGAAAUAGAGAUGAUGGAAACAGUGUCAGGCAGCUCUUCCCCUGGGGAUGCAGUGUCUGGUAGAGGUCCAGACAUUGCGUCUGUUGAAGAUGACGGGCUCUACUACAUCCCUGAGAGAAGACCUUCUCUGGACCUGGGACCAAGUCCAAUGGAUAUCAGCCAGUGGCAUCACGUGGACCAGGCCUUAUCUCCAGCUCUGAGCUACUGGUCAAUUACAAGUGAGUCGGACUUAAACAACAUGAAUGACGAAGAUGCAUCCUCCACGAGGGUCCAGCUGAACAGAGCAGAUUCCUACUCUAGCUGCUACUCACUGGACAGUGACGAUUGUGAAAAGAGAAUUCCCAAGGUUACAAGCAAAGAUGAUUCUGCCCCAGAGCCUUCUGACACACCUGAGGUAAUCCAAGACUCAAAUGAGGUUAGGCAUCCUUCUCUGACAGUGGCAUUCACUUUUAAGGCUAUUAGUAAAACCCUUGGGAAGCUGUCAGUGGGAGACAUUCAGAGGUUCAAGAUGAUACUGUGGAAGCGUUACCCACAGUCAUUCAACACUCCUCCCCAACGCAUGGACAUGGUGGACCUUGUGGACCGCUUGCUCGAGUGUUACCACCUGGAGGUAUCUUUGCAGAUCACCAGAACCCUUCUUGAGGAAAUUGGGCAAAAGAAGAUGGUUGAUUAUCUUCAGACAUUGUGUAUCAGAAACGAAGUACGCUACGAUUUAAGCGAGACUCUGAAGAGGAAAAUAUGUGAGGAAUUGUCCUCGCAGGAAGAGAAGAGGCCCUUUGAUGAUGUCUUUACUAAUCUCUACAUAACCUCAACCUGUGAUAAUGGCCCAAAUAUUGAACAUGAGGUCAUGACCAUAGAAAAGCUUGACAGCAACCGGGAAGAAGCGAAGCUGCUUUCUACAAAGGAUAUUUUGAGCGCUGAAAGGCUGGAGAACUCAAAUUUAAAGUUUAUUUUGGUCACGGGAGUGGCAGGGUCAGGGAAGUCUAUGGCGGUCAGAAGAUUAAUCCUCGAUUGGAUUGAAGAGCGGUCCCACCAACACGUGUCUUUCUUGUUUCCUUUGCCGUUCAGAGAACUCAAACAGUUUGAGGAUGGUAAGAUCUCCCUGAUGGAAAUAAUACAAAAACUCUACCCAGAAACAAAGAAACUGAGGGAUGAGGAUUAUAGAUCCGACGACUGCAAAAUAAUGUUUGUCUUUGACGGUCUGGACGAGUACAACGGGACGCUUGACUUUCAAAACACUGAGCUUCUCGGUGACCACACAGAUUCCACCACCCUGAAUGUCAUCGUGGUCAACCUCCUCAGAGCGAGGCUGCACUACCGCGGCCUCUUCCUGGUCACUUCUCGGCCACAAGUGAAGCGCUGCGUUCCCUGGGACACGCAUUAUGAUGAGAUAGACGUGCGUGGUUUCCUUGACCCUGAAAAGGACGAGUAUUUUAAGAAGAGAUUUCAGGACCCGGAUCAAGCAGCAAGAGUUAUUGCGUAUAUCAACUCUUUCAAAACCCUCCGCAUCAUGUGCCACCUGCCCUUGUUUUGCUCACUGGUGGCUGAUGAGUGCCAGCACAUAUUUAGGUCAAAGGGGACAGAGGCUGAGCUGCCCAGCAGCAUCACCUACAUGUACACAAAGCUGCUGCUAGCACUCACACGUCACCAUCGCAGAUUAAGAGCUCCAGAUCUUACCAAAGAUAAAGAGAUAGACUUCCUCAUGAAACUUGGAAGGUUGGCCUUCAACAUGCUGGAACAAGGCCAGUUUAAGAUCACUAAGUCCGACUGGAAAGAGGUUGAAAUCUGCGAGGAGGCAGUGGUUUACACUGGCCUGUGCACACAGUACAUCACAAAGCCAUUUGUCUUGUUUCAUGAGAAAGUCCUCAGCUUUAUCCACCCUACCAUGCAGGAGUACCUGGCUGCCCUUUAUGUGUUUCUCUCCUUUAGAAACCAGGGGAAGAACAUUUUUGAGCAGCAACUGAAAAACAAGGUCAAAGGGAUAUUCAAGGGGCCCAAGGUGAUGGAGCUGUACAAAAGCGCAGUGGACAGAAGCCUGCAGUGUGAGGAUGGCAAACUGGACAUUUUCCUGCGAUUCCUGUUUGGAAUGACACUGAAGACCAAUCAGGAUCUUCUCCAGCCAUUCUGCACGUCUUCUGUAAAGUGGCCAACAGUCACUGAAGAUGCUGCUGCCCUCAUCAGGAAGAAGAUCAGAGAAAAUCCGAUUCAUGGCAGGAAUGGCAACUUGCAGUGCUGCCUGGAAGAGCUGGGUGUGCGAGCGUCAGAGGCAACAUCCAGUUGAGCUGCUCCGUGCACAAAAUAAAUGUCAAGGCUUCCACUGAAUUCCACUAGGAUGAAAACUGUUGAAGUGCCUGUUGGGGAAAUAUGUUUCUCCUGUUCAACCAACAUAUGCACUAAUGGAGUGUUUAGAGCCAAGCAUGAUCACUUCUGUUCCACAGUAACACUGACGUGGAAACAGACUCUCUUAAGCUAAUGGGGAUGGUUUGAUUUGAUGUGUGUUAAUAUGGAUUUACAGAAGCUGAGAGAUAUUAAGGAGCCUUGUUUUGUAAUUGUUUUUACAUUAUGAAUACAUUAAUUAUUGCAAACGUUGCCACCUUUCUACUGUUGUGCUUGAUAUGACUUAUUCAAAAAGCUUUAACUGCACUACUAACACUAUCAUGUGGAAUUUGACUCCUGAGUCAUAGUAUUAUUUCAAAUAUGUAAAAACUAAAUUAUUUUGCACUUUUAAGUUUUGUAGGUUAAUUAUUAUUGCUUGCUGGAUGCAUGCAUUAAUUGUUUUGGUAAGUAAUGCAGUACUUAAUUGAAGAACGGAAGUUAUGUGUUGUUUAUCCUACACAGCAAAAAAGUAUAUGUACUCUAAUCCUGGUAGUUUACAAUCAGUGCCAUAUAUUGAAGUGUUAAUCUCUGUGCAUGUAAUGAAAGUACUGACAGUGAUACUCGUUGAGGGGAAAAGAAGUUCUGUGUGAAAUAAAUGACCCGAUUUACAAUAAAUCUCUAGGCAACUG